UGUUUUUUUUUAUCUUAAAUCACCUCAAAUGUCGUUUCAGAUUUUUUUAGUUCUGCAGAUCUUUUUGUUGUAGAUACUGUUGUUUCAGAGAAUUGAAAUAUUGAUCCUUUUAUUGUUUUCAUUGAGUUUAAUUGAUUGUUUUAUUGACCAGGCCGCUGAAUUAGAUCAAUAUGAACCAAAGAACCAAAGUCCCCUCUGUGAUAGUCCGUGUCCGGUCUCUGGUUCUAGGUCUUUCUCUGAGUCAGGACUCUGGAGGACCCUCCGUUUGAUCCUACAGUCUGUUUUAUUUUGAAAGUCUGUCCCGGAAACUCCCUCUCUGACCCGGUCCAGCUUGUCAGUGGUCCCAUCCAGCUGAUACCAGAGCCCAGAUCUGUGAGUUCAGUUCUCCUGAUGCGCACUGAGGACUUCCAGGGGUCAACGAGCUCCUCGUCCUGCGGACCAGAACCAGCGGAGUCUGCGGGUCCGGAUCAGCGGCUCUGCGGUCCGAACUGAACCCUGACUCGGGUCCGCAUCAGAGAGGAGGGGAGAGGGGGGACAGCGGGAUCUGCUGUCCGGACUCCGAUGAAGACAGAGGAGGAGGUCUCAGUGCGGAUCCAGAGAUGAAGGCGGCCGGGAGACAGGGACCGGGACCAGGACCUGGACCGGGACCGGCGGACAAGCUGAACGGGGACCUGAAGCGGAGGCCGAGCUACCCCGGAGAGCUCCGGUCCAAACACGCCAACAUGUCGACCCGGAUCUGGGUCAAAGUGGCCAUGGCCAUCGUGUACUUCCUGUGCGUGUCCGUGUCCGCCUUCAUCCUGGUCAUCUACUACGUCUUCUUCUGGACCCCGGACCCGAACUCCAACAGCACCAGCACCGAGCCGCCCCACCGCAACCAGUGCACGAGCUUGGGAUGAUGACUGCGGGGCACGCGCGCACGCACGCACGCACCUACACACGCUCUGUAGGUGACCGCCGCGCACACACACACACACACACACACACACCUGACACGCACGAGGAGGAAUGUGCGCGAGGAGAGACACGAGCGCAUCCAGACUGAGGACCUAAGAGAGGACAGGGGGGCACGUGCUGCUGGAUGCAUCAGUGUUCCGCAUGGUGGGGGGGCAGAUCCUUUUAGCUUCUUCUUCUGGUCUCUUCUGGACCUCCCUGAUCCCAAAGAGUCUCCAAACUCCUCCGGAUCCUUCAGGGGGUCUCUGUCCGGGUCUCUGUCCGGGUCUCGGUCCGGGUCCAUGUCUGCAUGCUGCAGGUAAAAUGGAGGUUCUCCUCAAACUCUAAGAUCCUUUAAGUCCGGGCUGGAUUGGGGGGGCAGGGGUCUGCUGGGCUCAGAGAGACCAGAAUCCUCCAGAGUGGCUGUUUUUCAUGGACUUCACUGAGUCCAGAUCCUCCACAUGAUCCUGGUUCAGGUUCGACUCGGUGUUCUGGUUUAAGUUUAAAAAGUUCAUGGGGGGGGGGGGGGGGGAUUAUAGAUUAUUGAUCAAUCUGAGAAUCAUUUCAAUAUUUGAAUAUUUGAGUUUCUAAAAAUGAUUUUAAAAAAGGAGCAGAACUGAGGAGAAACACAAAGACUGAGACAGUUCUGGACUUUUACGGACCGGUCAGAACAAAAUUAGAAUGUAGGGGAGACCGGGGUCAGUUGAGCCAAAGGGUGAGUUGGAAUUAGUCCUGAUGGUCUGGGGAUCACUAGAGUCCACGUCUGUGAAGGCUCCAUUAAUGCUGAACUAGAUCUACAGGUUCAGGAGCAUCAGGACUCUGGAGUUGGAGUCACAGCAUGGUCUGAAGAUCACUGACCUGUCCGGAGGUCUGAUGGAUCCAAAUCCAACACUCUUUUGGUCCAGUUGUUCUUUUAACAAAGAACUGGAAAUCAUAGAUGCUGCAUCGUCAGUUUUAAACAAUAGGGGAGACCGGGGUAAGAUGAGCCCCAACCCCCCUUUCUUUGUCAAUAGCCAAAGAAAUUGAUCAUGUGACCAAAUCUUACGGAGAUGGUCAUCAGUUCAUGGAGUCAGUGAAGGUUCGAAGCUCAUGGGUGAAGAAGAGGUUCGACAGUUAAAGUGAAUUUAGUCUUUAGUUUGAUUAGAAAUAAAGAUCAUUUUAAAAGAGUUUUAUCAUCAACUGUGGUUCCUCUGAGCUCCAACAGGAGGUCAGAAACCUCAAAGUCCACCAUUUAAUCUUGGAGGACUAAUAAAGUCCUCAUAGUAGUUCAGGGGGAACAGAGACAGUAAAGGAGUCUGAGGAGAGGAUCAGAGUUUACCUUCAGACUGUUGAAACUUCUUCUCUUCAUAAACACAGAUCUGUGGAUGUUCUCAGUCACUGUCUUAGUUAUAUGUAAUAAUAAUAAACAGAAUGAUUGUUCCAGUUAAAUAGAGUAAAAUAGAUAAAAAUACACAUGAAUGUGAAGAAGUGACUGUUAUUGAGGGAGAGAGAAGGUGAGGGAGGGUCUCCUAUGGUCAACUUACCCCCCAUACCCGGGGUAAGUUGACCAUAGGAGACCCUGUUGUUGUCCUGCUCUCCUCUGAAGAUGACAGUUCUGUUUACUCUCAUUCUGAUGAAGAACUUCCUGAGUCAGAGACUAAACUAGGACUGACCUGAUGGACUGAUCCGGAAACACGGAUCAUCUUAACCCGCUCUCCCCUACCUGAUCAUCAGGAUCAGACCCUGUUCUGACCCGUCUUUCACUCUUUAAAUGUAUGUUAGACAGUUUGGACCAUGAUCACAGAGCAGAGAGUUCGAUUUCUUCUGGACGCCGGAGCAUGGCGGAUAAAUUCAGCACAGAUUAACCCGUGCUGGAAAGGAAGUCGGGCACAGACACAAAAUAAAACAUCCGGCUUCUUUUCAAAAUAAAACACUCCGUGUUUCAGGAGGAUCGUAUUUCACACCAUGCAAACGUCUAGAAGUAGAUUUCCUCCUCUGGAAGGACACAAUCUACUGCUUAUAUGUCUAUGUGUCUGUCUUUAGAGAGACGACUCGUUAUCGCGGGAUUGAACGUGAAUCUGCAGGUUCUUGUAAUUCCUGUUGUCUGUAAUCUGCCACGAAAUUCUCCUCCUCCACACACACACACACACACACACACACACAGCGCUGUGUGUCAGUUAAAGUCCGUUUCACCGUUUAAUAACAUCAAAGUUUAAAGAUAAUAUUUUAAAAAAGGGACUGGAACAUAAACCAGCAUGAGAAGAACUGACUGUAACCAUGGAAACCAUGUAGGAGGCCAUACAGCAGGCCGUCAGCAGGGGGAGCUCUAAAUGUUUCUUAUUUCAUUUAGUGGAGCCGUCAUGUCGUCCAUCUUUAUAUCCAGUCCUCGUCUUUCUGAGCCCAGCAGACCCUCUCAGUGACCCCCCCCCCAGACUUCAUGCACUUUCCACUGAUGUGAUGACCAACGAUCACCUCACCUGAAGACCCCCUGAGACCCCCGUGGAUCCUCCCUGAGACCCUGUUCUGCACUUUCAGUCUUUUUAAAAACAAGAAUGCCUAAAGAGGAAUGACAGACUUUUCUUUUCUUCCCCUCCCUCUCUCUCUCUCUCUCUCUCUCUCUCUCUCUCUCUCUCUCUCUCUCUCUCUCUCUCUCUCUCUCUUCCUCUCUCUCUCUCUCUCUCUCUCUCUCUCUCUCUCUCUUCAGCAGCAGGAAGCUGUUUUGUAUUCAGGUAUCUAGAGGAACUUUAAGCGAUACUGUACUGUAGCAGACCUAGCCUAAACGGUGAUCUCCGUUAGCUCGUAGCUCUUUGACAUGCAGGGCGAUCAUCACUCAGUAUAUAAUAAUAAUAAUAAUGAUAAUAAUAAUAAUAAUGAUAAUAAUCUCAGUAGUUGCAGCAGUUUGACCUUUGACCUUUUAGAGCAACUUUUGUCUUGCAUUGCCUCACAGAAUGAGCAUAAAUAUUCGACGUACCUCUUCCUGAUGAUGACACGGUUUGUUCACCUCACUUCCUGUUCAUCGAGUCGGCUACGAUUCCUCAACUUUACUAGACUGUUUGAUUUACUCUGUAGCCUUGAAGAUUUAUUGUUAUGAUAUGAUAAACUAUGCAUUUAUUCCA